ACCACGUGAUCUUUUGUCGCUGUUUUGGAAUGGCUUCCUGUAUCUUCUCUUUUCACGCGCUCUAAGAACAUGGAUUACUGUUUAACGCUAUUAAACCCUUUUUUAAAGAACUACCAUAGAAGAGGCAAUACACAUAGAGAAAGAUACAGGGCAAUACAGAAACGGAAAAGAGAAACCUUCAAUACGAACUUAAAAUGUUCUUAUUCCAGUUACCAGAGGUUGUGCUCUACCACAUUAUGUCAUAUUUGGAAUACAAGUCUUUGAGUCGCCUUUCUCAAGUUUGCAAAACAAUUUACCAUUUUGCAAAUCGUGACGCCGUAUGGAGGAAGAUAGCAAAAGAGUUCAUAAACACUGGAAUUACACGACAAGGAGCAGAUGUGUAUCCCCACAUCCCGCUGAAGGACAGAGUGAAGGUAUCUCAGAACUGGUGCCAUGGGAUCUGCAGAAAGGAAGUCAUGCUCAAAUGGAGGAUUAACUUGUUGCCAUGGAUACAGCUAGACGGGGAUGUGCUGUAUCUGUCUCAGGCUGCAGACAUCGGAGCGUACCAUCUGAGGCCGGACACGGGGAAGCUCCAGCGCAGCCCCAUGGCUCUGUUCUCAGGACACCUGGAAGACGUGUGUCGAUUUGCUGUGACUGACACACACCUCGUUAGUGGAGGGAGUGAUGGUAAGAUCCUGGUGCACCACAGGAGGAAUGGCUUCUCUAUGGAGUACUCAGGUCACAACCAGGAGGUGAAUUGCCUGGACUGCAGAGGAGGACUGAUCGUCAGCGGCUCCAGAGACAGAACAGCCCGGAUUUGGACUUUUUCUUCCAACUGCCCCAGAGACACGAUCCCUAUGAACGACAGGGUGUGGUCUGUGGCUAUUAGUCCCACGCAGAGCUCCUUCGUGACCGGCACGGCCUGUUGUGCGAACUUCUCUCCUCUGCGGAUUUGGGAUGUUGAAAGGUGUGAGCUGCUGUGUUGUCUGGGUUCAGAGUUCCGUCGGGGUGCAGGUGUGUUGGAUAUAGUCUAUGAGUCGCCUGUCCAGCUGCUCACCUGUGGCUACGACACCUACAUCCGCUCCUGGGACCUUCGCCUCAGCCCCAGGAAGUGUGUCAUGGAGUGGGAGGAGCCUCACGACAGUGCCCUCUACUGCAUCCAGACGGACGGGAAUCACAUGAUUGCCAGUGGCUCCUCCUACUAUGGCGUCAUACGGACGUGGGAUAAGCGGCAAACCCGCUGCUUAGAGAUGUUCCAGCUGUCCUCUGCUGUGAGUAGCCCAGUGUACUGCCUGCGUUUCAACACCUCUCACCUGUACGCUGCCCUCGCCACAGCACUGCACUCUCUGGACUUCAAACAGGGCCCCCGGCCUCGCAGAUAACACCCACUCCUACAGACAGCUGUUAGGAUUUAAAACAAUAAAUUAUGUUUUUGACAGUAAA